GAUGCGACAGUCGAUCGAGAGGAGGUGGAUAGGCUCAGGAAGCGUUUCAUGAAGUUGGACAAGGACAACUCCGGCACAAUCGAGCGCGACGAGUUCCUGUCCCUCCCCCAGAUCUCCUCGAACCCGCUCGCGACCCGCAUGAUCGCCAUCUUCGACGAGGACGGCGGCGGCGACGUCGACUUCCAGGAGUUUGUCUCCGGUCUGUCGGCCUUCAGCUCCAAGGGCAACAAGGAGCAGAAGCUGCGCUUCGCCUUCAAGGUCUACGACAUCGACAGGGACGGCUACAUCAGCAACGGCGAGCUGUUCAUCGUGCUCAAGAUGAUGGUCGGGUCCAACCUCAAGGACCAGCAGCUGCAGCAGAUCGUCGACAAGACCAUCAUGGAGGCCGACCUGGACAAGGACGGCAAGAUCAGCUUUGAGGAGUUCACCAAGAUGGUCGAGAGUACGGAUGUGAGCAUGAGCAUGACCUUAGGU